AUGGUGUUGCUAGCAAGGCCUGCUGGUCGCCUGCUCUCUGCUCGAUCGCCGCUUUUGCCGAAACAACAUGGAGCUCGUCAAUAUUCAAUCCAGGCCGUCGUCGAACAUGGCUGCAAGGGUCUACCAGAUUAUGUCGCUCUCAUGCCUGUUGCAUGUCUGGACUCGCUUCAUUCCACUGGCCUACCUUGGUUUGCCGCUAUACCGCUGUCCGCCGUCUUGAUCCGAUCGCUGCUCAUCUACCCCUUGUUUCAACGCCCUUUGCGCGAGAAGCUGGUUGCUCGUGCUCAACUCCAACCUCUUGUGGAUGCCAACAUGAGCAUCGUCAAACGCAUCCUCUAUAGGCGUACUUCCAAGGGAACCCAGAAGUCCAUGGCCCACAAGCUGAACUUGACUGUGAAUUCCUGGCGGAUCAGAAAUCGUACUCAAGACGCCAUGUCUGCGCACUCCCGUUUGUACGGUCACAGACUCCUGAUGUUUUUGACAACCAUCGUGGUUUCAGAUGGCUUGAGAAGAAUGAUGGGUGCCAAGGAGGGCCUGUUGAAAUUUGUCCUGGGCCCUCUGGACUGGACUUUGAGCUGGCUUGUGCCAUCUUCCCUUACAGAAACAAGUCCUGGAGAAGCAGAGGUAUCGGUAGCCAGUCCUGUUUUUAAUCCAUUGACGAACACCGGGCUUGACGGUCUUUCGGAACACCAAGGCUUAUCUGCUACUGAGAUAGCACAAGACGCUACAAGCGGUUUGGCCCAAGAAGCAUCGAUAGCAGUGGCAGGUCAUCUCAACUCUGCCUGGUUCGAUCCGACUCUCUUGACUGAAGGCUUCUCCUGGUGCCCCGACUUGACAGCAUCAGAUCCUACUAUGCUCCUUCCGGUUGUAUUCAGCGGUACCUUUCUCGCCAGCAUCUACUUUGCACCCCGUAUACAGGGUACUGUGACUGGAAGCAAAGUAGACGAACGAGCAAAGCCGACUAAUGGGCAGAGAAUCAUGAUGACGGUUGCGAUGCUAUCCAUCAUCCCGGCUCUGCACAUGCCUACUGGACUUUUGCUCUACUUUAUCUCCAACAUGGUCACCAACAACUUGCAGUCGCGUUGGCUCACAUACACAAAGCCCAUCCAUCCUGCGCCGACUGCCUGCAAACGACCUAUCAGAAUGCAGCGAUUCAAGGAGAUUCCAGAGGAGAUGCUGCCCAACAAAGCCAGGCCCAAUACAACAAAAUAG